CAGCUUUUCGUUUUACAGAGAUAUCCUAUUUUGACAUUCAACUACUAAAGCCAUACUUCGCGUAUGGCCGCCGCAUACCUCACUUACACCCAUCAUACACAUCUACAGGCGUUCGCAUUCAACCAAGCUCAAUUAUAGCGGUGUUCGAGGUGCCUGUGCGGAAUUCUUCACGCUUUCAUGUCUACGUUGCCCCAGCCAUCGCGGCCUUCCGCGAACCCUUCGACAGGAUCCUUCCCCCCGCUCACAGCUCCGAAAUCAAGAAAGAGUUUACCAAUCUCACCUGACCAUGUGAGGGCGCCUUCCCCAUUUCAAAUGUCUUCCAAAACGCGUGCAUCUCCCAGCCCGAGACCAUCACUUGGUAAGACUGCACUAUCCAACUCUGCUUCCAACAUGAAUCCCUCCAGGUCGAUCUCAGCUGGCCGUACUCCAAGCAGUCCCGAUAAGUCACUGCGCAGAACUAUAAGUAUUGCGGCUUUUCCCCAACCACCGAAAACAGGCAGCCGUCCUUCUACUGCAUCGUCAUUCUCGGGGAUUCAAAGCCUUCAUUCCUCUGGCAGUAUGAAGGUCAAAAGGAGCUCCAGGUUCAGCGUGGGGACCACCAGCAGCUACCGGAGUUCAGAGACACCAUCUUUGUUGAAUGGUUCUGGUGAUAUUAGAACAAUUGCGGGCACAGACACCCGUGAGCCUGAGGCCUCUCCAUCGCAAAGCAGGAGCUCUUCCGCUCAAGGGUCAUACUCAACAAGCGCGACCACUUUCGAGGAUGCAGAUGAUCUAGCAGGUACAUCCAAACCGCACUCAAGGCCUAAGGAGGCCAAAGGAAAUGUCAUAGUGAGCGUUCGAGCACGUCCUGAUGUGCACACAACUGAUACUUCAAAAAACAACGGCGAAUGGACAAUGGAUGCACGUCGAAGUCUCAUCACUUUUAAUGGAAAAGAAGGAGGAGAUUAUUAUUAUGAUAACGUCUUCUCUCCCCAUGAACAUAAUGCUAAAGUUUACGACGCCGCGGCAAAACGUCUCGUGAGGAGGGUAAUGGAGGGUUAUCAUGGUACCGUCUUUGCGUACGGCAUGACCGGUACCGGUAAAACCUUCUCAAUGCAGGGAACUGCUACCUCUCCAGGGGUGAUACCAUUAGCGAUAACCGACAUUUUUUCUUUUAUUAGGGAGACACCCCAUCGAGAAUUCUUGCUUCGCGUUAGCUACCUUGAAAUCUAUAACGAGAAGAUUCAUGACCUUCUUUCAGCUUCCGCUGGUGGUGCGUCUCUCCAGCAGGAAGAGAUAAAGUUGCGUGAAGACAGCAAGCGAGGCGUGUAUGCGAGUCCCCUGAAAGAAGAGAUCGUGCAGAGCCCGACGCAACUUCUUCGUGUAAUUGCGAGGGGUGAUCAUGCAAGACGAACUGGUAGCACGCAGUUCAAUGCGCGCAGUUCCCGAAGUCAUGCAGUUGUUCAAAUUGUUGUCGAGAGUAGAGAACGAGUGCCCUCAGGUGCCACUCAAGAUAGGCGAUCGGGCAUGGCCCCUGGAGGUGUCAGAGUAUCCACGCUCAGCUUGAUAGACUUGGCUGGAUCAGAACGCGCAGCAGAUGACAAAGAGCGCCGAACAGAAGGUGCCCACAUAAAUAAAAGCCUACUUACCCUUGGGACUAUCAUCUCUAGGCUUUCGGAGACUAAAGACAAGGCUGGUAACCCAACUGAUCGCGAGGGCAGGCAUCUGCCUUAUCGUGACAGUAAACUCACAAGGUUGUUACAACCAGCUUUGUCAGGGAACUCACUAGUCAGCAUUCUUUGCACCGUCCAUCUUGGCGUAACAGGAAAUUCCCACUCCGGUGAAACGCUCAAUACUUUGAAGUUUGCUGCUCGAGCUAAGAAUAAUAUCGUCAGCCACGCCAAACGGGCGGAAGAAGCGUUCGGUAGUGGUGGUGGUGACGCAGGCAGCCGUGUUCUUCUGGAACGCUACCGGAUGGAAAUCCAGGCUCUUCGCGGCCAGCUCGAGAGUCAAACAAAAGCCCAAGCUGAGAAAGAGUUGAAAUUAGAAGAGCAGCAGCUAGAAAAAGAGGCGCAUGCACGUCACGAAGAACAAAUGCUGGAAAUGCAACUGGCUCGAACUGCUCUUAAAGAACGCAUAGAACAUCUCAAUCGACUUAUCCUUUGUUCCAAGUCUACUGGUGUGAACACUCAGGGAGCAAUGUCUGCUCUUGGCCGGCUAUCUAGAAUGUCUGCUGCCGAAUCGGUGGCUCGAUCUUUGCGCUCUUCGGUUAGUCAAUCAACCUUGGGCGCAUAUGGUGCCUCUUCUGUCCGACCUGUAUCAUUCCUCUCCGUCAAUAGCAACGAUCCUUCGCCUUUCUCGAGUGGAUCACUUGGGAAUGAUGAGGAGGAGGAUAUUAUGGGCGAAUUUGCAGACGGGAAUGCAAGUGCUCAGAGGCAAAUCUCAGCCCUCCAGGCCGACCUGAGUGACAAAAACCGGUAUAUUUCCACCUUAGAGAGACGUUUACUACAAGCCCGGCGGUCGAGCCAUUCCCGAAUGUCAAUAGGCGUUAAAACUGGAAGCGCAACUUCCGAGGGCUCAGAUAUAGCUGCUUUGCUUCGCGAAAAGGACAUGGAAAUCAACGAACUCCGUCAACAGUUGGAUGAUAAGGAUCGAAUGCUCGCUGCGCUCCGCUCUGCGGCUCGACAUCGGGACCUUGCACAUCUCACUGCCGAUGCAUGCCCUAUAGAUCAAAAGGAGAAAAGCGAGCGUAGAAGUACUAAUCCCGAUGAGGACGACUCGCCAGCUAGCAACUCGGUAGCCAGCAUCCUUUUAUCUCAUAAGGAGAACGAGGUGGAUGGGAGAAAAAGCACAGAUGACGAAAUGUCGCGAAUGCUCGAUGAAAUGAUCCAGGACAGGGUUGAUAGUGGCCACUUAAUCAAAGGUUCUCAUGGAAGUGUCCGUGUCGCUAUUGAGAGUCGACUGCCUUCUGGACCUACGACAGCUGUGCAGGGCUUAAACCCAGGGAGUGUAAAUCCAGACAACAUUGCUCAAGACCUCCAAUCGGGGUAAGAGGUCUCGCUUUGUUUAUCUUGCGUUGUUUUAUGUUCCUGGGAUGCUAUAAUGGAACCAUG